UUUCGGCAGUUUCGAGAAGGACUUACUGUUACUCCCCUCAUGAUGGCAACUAGUGCAUUAAGACGGUCGGAUAGACGUGGAGUAACGCCUCAUCACUUAUUAUAUAUAGCUAUGAAAAUAAUGAGGAUAAGAGUAAGGGAUUCCCUCACCGUUGCGUUUAAACACGUAGGAAAAAAUGCACCAUUACUAAAGAGGAAAUACAAUCUGAGGAUUACAUUCAUAAUUGUAUUGAAAGUAAUCUCACUUUUUUACGUUCUAUACCUAAUUCAACGUGGUAUUGGUCGGAAAGAAACAAGGAUCUAUUUGCAAUGAUUAUGCAAUUAGGUAAACCGACUGUAUUUUUCACCAUAAGUGCUAAUGAAAUCGGAUGGUUGGAUUUGCUACAAUUGCUGCACAAACGGAAGACACAUGUCCAUAUUACAUUAGAGGAAAUAUCACAAUUACAUGGUGAAAAAUACCCUUAUUAAUGAAGAUGCUGUUACUUGCACUAUCUACUUUAAUAAAUUAGUUAAUGUUCUUAUGAAGAUUCUUCAAUCAAAGACAUGCAGUCCUUUUGGGAAGUACAGAAUUCGCCACUACUUCAAGCGCAUUGAGUUUCAGCAUCAAGGCAGUCCUCAUGCUCACAUCAUAGCUUGGCUUCAUAAUGCUCCAAAAGAUGCUCUCAAUGAAGAUUAUGAUGAAGCCAUUGAACUUAUAGAUCCGAGCAGUCUAAGUGUACUUUUGAGCGACGUUUACUUAGCUACCUGAGCGCGCUAAUAUACGCACCGCUCGGAGCGGUACUACCUACCUGCCUUUGUAUACAUGAGGAGCUGCUACCUUUUGUAAAUAUACUAUAUACGAAACGAAGGUAGGCUAUUUUGAAUGAAAAUGAGCACUAUGAAGAAACUGAAGGCAUAAUGUAUGGUGCAGGCAACGCUGAUUAGACGUAAGUAAGAUUUUUUCACGAUUCUUCGUUAAAGAAAACUUUAAACGCGUUUUUCUCGAAAUGACGUUUUUGGUCGGCUUGUUGAUAAAAUCUCCGAAACUAUUCAACCGAUUCUUACCAAAAUUUUACCACAUGUUCUUUAUGACUAUAGCUAUAGCGCAUAUCAUACGAAUAUGCGCUAUUUCAUAUUUUAGUAGGUAAUUACUAUUUACAUACUGAAUCUAAAACCAUUUUUUUUUUCAGAUCAUCCAAUCCAGAGAUUUUAUCAACAGCGCACACCCAUCUUUUUUUUGGACCUGUGUUCUCCCCCAUUUUUCUGUACUAAAACUGAGUGAAAUGAAUAUAAAAAAAUGUUGUUUGUGUAUUUUAAGGGUGUAUUUUUUAGGCCUAACACUUUUUAUAUCCAUAUUUAUAAUUUAUACCGGUCAGAAAACUUCCUGAAAAUAACCUUUUUUUGCCCGUCUAAUUAGGGUAGACCCCUUAAACGAAUAUAAACGAGAGAUGGUGACCCUACACUUACCAUUCCGAAACGAAGAAGAAGAAAUAUUAGCAGAGAUGAAAUUUGUUACCAUUUACGAUGAUAAUGAGGAUAUUAUUCUGCAGAGGAGACAAGAAUUCGAAUCAGACAUUGACAUUGACAAAACUAUUCAAAUUUGUAAAGAGUUAUGUCGUGAAGAAACUCCACUGGAUGAGGAUGAAAUACAGGACGCUGUCAACAGAUUUCCGAAAUAAAAUCCCUUUGAGCAAUUAUACAAUAAUCCAAAUUCAGAUGUAAAUAGUGAUCUUCGACUAGCUACACUGAAUAAACUCGGUGCCAUUGCUAAAGAAAAGGAAAAUAUCAUGUCUAGUGUGGAUUUUUGUGCAACUAUGAGGCUAAUGAAAGGCAAAGAAUGCUGCUAACACAUGUAAUCAACCGAUUAUUAUCUAAUGAUAAUAAUCCUUUAUAAAUUUUCUUCCCUGGACCAGCUGGAUGCGGCAAAACUUUCGUAAUUAAACUUAUUAUGGAAAUAUAUAAUCGGUUUUCUGACAGUGACAGGUACUGUAAUGCCUACAUCGCUUGUGCAUCAACAGGAAAAGCCGCUGUAGCAAUAGAUGGAACAACUGUACAUACUGCUUUGAAAAUAUCAUUGUCGAAAUUGUUGCCUUUGAGUAUAGAAGUCGCACAUCAAUAGAGAUCAUUAUUUAAAUAUGUCAGAGGCAUAAUAAUCAAUGAAGUAAGCAUGGUUGGUGCAGAACUUCUAGAACAAAUCGAUUUACGUCUUAAGCAAAUCACUGGUAAUUUUGCAAGGAAUUUUGGAAACUUAGAUGUAAUAUUAAUUGGCGAUUUGAGACAAUUACCUCCAGUCAAAGCAACACCGAUAUACAUAUAAGCAAAUAAAACGUAGAAUGACUGGACCGACAGUAUGGCGCGAUUUGAAAUUUUAUGAACUCACUGCAGUUAUGAGGCAAGCAAACGGUAUGUUCUCCAACGCUCUUACGAAAGUGGGAAAUGGAGGAAAACUGAACACGGAUGAAUUAGCAUUAAUUGAAUCGAGAUUCGCUAGCAAAGAAGCAGCAGAUAUUGCCUGUUCUCACGGGAUACGACUUUUUUAUUCGAAUGUAGAUGUUCAAAGGUACAAUAACUCCAUAUUAAACAUAGCAGAAAAUAAAGUAACUUCUGUAGCAAAAGAUGUUUAUACGGGCUUUCAUGAUGCUGGGCAAGAGGCUUUUCAUAAAGCAGAAGCUACAUAAAAUGUCGACAAUUGAUACAGAAGGAUUGCCUUAUCAAAUAAUAUUCGUAUUGGAUAAAUAUUAUAUGUUGACUAUUAACGUCAAUGUAUCGGGUGGAUUGGCUAAUGGUGCAGUAGGAAAACUUUGCUUCAUUGAUUAUGAUAAUAAUGGGGAAAUCAUCAGAGUUUGGCUCAUUUUUCCAAUUCUAGAAAAAUUUUGAAGGAAAAUUCGAAGCAAAGUUUCAGGAUAUAUUGCGGAUCAUAAUAUUUCAAGGUAUGCUGUACCUAUAGCCAGAAGAUCAUUUACUAUCCCACUCAACAAUAACAAAACUAUCCAUGCUAAACGUAAUCAUGUUCCACUGGUGUCUGCAUGUGCUAUAACGAUUCACAAGUCACAAAGAGCAACAUUCGAUGAAAUUGUUGUUGAUGAUGAAAUUGAAAUUUGAUGAAAAAAUGAGAAAACGCAUUCUCGGCAAUUGGUAUAUGUUGCGUUAUCAAGAGCGCAUUAAAGGACUUUAUAUUGUGACUGAAAAAAAUAAUCCUACAUUCCAUCACGGACGAAAACAAUCUACAUCAGUCAUUGAUUUACAAACUGAAUUCAAAAGGCUAUCCCUCAACAGGCUUCAAACAGUGACUGAUAUCUUAACAAAUUUCAUUUCGAAUACAAAUGGCAUAUCAAUAUAUUCAUUAAAUUGUCAAAGUUUACGAGCACAUGCUUCAGACCUCGAUGACAGUAUUACGCAACGUUUAACUAUAUUAAUUUUAUCAGAAACUUGGAUGAAUAAUGAAGAAGACGUCGAUGUCCCAAAUUUUCAUUUUGUUGCUAAAUUUAAAAGACCUGAUUGUCGAGCUGCCGGUGUAGCUAUAUUAAAAAAUAACAGAGAUAUGUCAACUAUUGUCACAUCACAGAUGGAUGUUACAUUUCGUAAUCCGCAAUCAUAUGGAUUGAAUGUAUCAGAAAUAGGAGAAAUUUGUAUAACGGAUUGUACAGCAGAAAACGGACUAAUACUUGUAAUUGUAGCUAUAUAUAUCUCGCCUAUUCAAAGCAUACAAGAUAUCAUCAAAUUCAUCCAUAGAAAUUUACUUAUUUAUACAAAAUCAGGAUCGACUCUUCUCGAAGAAAACCUUCAUGCAUUGCCAAUGAUUUUGAGUUGAGAUUUCAAUGUUGAUUCCCCAAAAGGUACAUCAAAGCCGUUAGUGGAUUUUUUGAAAUCAACAUUAGAUUUGGAUUUGUCGAAUGAUCCAAACGAAAGCACGACAAAAUAUGGAACAACGAUUGACGGAGUUUUUUAUAGAUAUUUAGCAAAUUAUUAUUCCAUAGUAUUCAUUUCAUAUUUCAGUUACCACAAACCUGUUGUUUCAUUUUUAGAGUACGAUACAAACCCUGAUCAGCCCGA